GCAUCGGGCCUGGCGAUGCCGUUUGGUUGUGUAACCCUAGGGGACAAGAAAGAUUACAACCAGCCAUCUGAGGUGACUGACAGAUAUGACUUGGGACAAGUUAUCAAAACGGAGGAGUUCUGUGAAAUUUUCCGAGCCAAAGAAAAAACAACAGGAAAACUCUACACAUGCAAGAAAUUUCUGAAGAGAGAUGGGCGGAAGGUGCGAAAGGCAGCCAAAAAUGAGAUCAUCAUCUUGAAAAUGGUGAAGCAUCCCAACAUCCUGCAGCUGGUUGAUGUAUAUGUCACCCGGAAAGAGUACUUCAUCUUCCUGGAACUGGCCACGGGCCGGGAGGUGUUUGACUGGAUCUUGGAUCAGGGUUAUUAUUCUGAGCGAGACACCAGCAAUGUCAUCCGACAGGUGUUGGAGGCUGUUGCUUAUCUCCAUUCCCUCAAGAUUGUGCACAGGAACCUCAAGCUGGAGAAUUUAGUGUAUUACAACCGCCUGAAGAACUCCAAGAUUGUUAUCAGUGAUUUCCACCUGGCAAAGCUAGAGAAUGGCCUCAUCAAGGAGCCUUGCGGCACCCCAGAAUAUCUGGCUCCAGAGGUGGUGGGACGCCAACGGUAUGGACGGCCUGUGGACUGUUGGGCUAUUGGCGUCAUCAUGUACAUUCUCCUAUCAGGGAAUCCACCCUUCUAUGAGGAGGUGGAUGAGGAUGACUAUGAAAACCAUGACAAGAACCUCUUUCGCAAAAUCCUGGCCGGUGACUACGAGUUUGACCCACCCUACUGGGAUGACAUCUCACAGGCAGCCAAAGAGCUGGUGACCCGUCUAAUGGAAGUGGACCAAGACCAGAGGAUUACAGCUGAAGAAGCCAUCUCCCAUGAGUGGAUUUCUGGUAAUGCUGCUUCAGAUAAGAACAUAAAGGAUGGUGUGUGUGCUCAGAUCGAGAAGAACUUUGCCAGAGCCAAAUGGAAGAAAGCCGUGCGAGUGACCACACUCAUGAAACGACUCCGGGCACCUGAGCAGACAGAAUCUGCACAACCGACCCAGCCAGCUGCCAUCCCAACAGACAGCGUCACCUCGACGGCCCCCACUGCUGCCCCACAGCCAAAAGCCGACGCUGCUGCCACCACUACACCCAACGAUGUGGCCCAGGUGGCGGAGGCCCCAGCCACAUGUAAUGGAGAAGAAGCCACUGCCCCUAAUGCCACCCCUGAGGCCUGGAAUGAGGAGACUGGCUGAGUGGGAGGGGUGGGUGGGAGCAGGGCUGCACUUUAUCUCUGUGUAUAUAGUCACUGGCAUGGUACCUGAACCCCUCCUGGCUGCCCAUCCCAUCUCUUCGGAGUGGUGGCUCACCCACCCCACCUUCCCUUCUGUGUGCCCAUCUGUCUGGCUCCAUCUGCCCCAGCUGGGCCUCAGGAAAGAGCUUCUAUUUUCUAUAUUUCUGAAUCUGAAGCAACCUAUUAGGCCCAGAAGGACAGACAGACAGACAGACACAGAGGCAGAGCCUGUUGCAUGGAGAUCUCUCUCUUUCUCUCUCUCCCUCUUGAGUUUCUUUACUCUCUCUCUUUUGGUGGCUUUGUUAGUUUCCCUUCCUUGCUGGAGGCUGCUCCCAGGGCGCUCUCUCAGUCUGUCACUCACCCAUCAAGCAUCACAUCCCCCAGUAAUUGGUCAGGUUGGGAGAAACUGGGGCAUUGGUAUAAAAAAGAAUAGCCCACCUCUGUCCAGUGUAUUUGAGAGACAAUGGAAGGGCUGGGGCUCCCAAGGAUAUGCAUAUUAGCAUAUGUGCAUGUUGCAGCUGUGCACAACACAGAGAUGUGUUAAUGUGUCCAUACACAGAUGGACACACAUCUUUGCCUACCACUUGAGUUCAACAACUCCAGUUGUGUGUCACAUUCAGUGCAUGUGUGCAUCUGUAUGCCUGUGU